AUGCAAAGAUUCUCAAUUGCACGAAUCCCAAAUUCCUUUGCACCAAUAAUUCGACGAACCCUCACCACACAAUCACUUGCAACUCAGCACACCCAGGAUCCAAUUCGCAUCACAGCACGAAAGAUCUCGACAUCACAACCAACCAGAAAAAUGUCUGCACAAGGCGGAAAGGAUGGCCAGUUCCAGCCGGUCAAGGAGGCCCAGCAGCAGAACCUGCCAGGACUCGAGAAGGACAUGAAGCCGACCAGCGAGCCGACAAAGCUCGAGGGCAAGGACCAGUUCCACGAGUACCGCGCAGCAAACAAGCUCUCCGGCUCAAAGGCCUUCAUCACAGGCGGAGACUCCGGAAUCGGUCGCUCAACCGCUAUCCUCUUUGCUCGUGAGGGCGCCGACGUCACCAUCGCCUUCCUGCCCGAGGAGCAGGAGGACGCCGACGAGACCAAGAAGUUGGUAGAGAAGGAGGGACGCCAGUGCCUUCUCUUCGCCGGCGACCUGAGGGAUAGAGAGACGUGCAAGAAGGCUGUUCAAGCUCACGUCGACAAGUUCAAGAAGAUCGAUAUCUUGGUGAACAACGCCUCGAAACAGAUGAUGUGCAAGAACCUGCAAGACAUCAACCUCGACGAUGUGGAGAGCACCUUCCAGUCCAAUAUCAUCGCCAUGUUUGCCAUCACCAAGUUUGCCCUGCCUCACAUGGAAAAGGGUGGCAGCAUCAUCAACACCACGUCGACCGUCGCUUUCCGCGGCACUGCGUCCAUGGUCGACUACGCGGCCACCAAGGGCGCCAUCGCCUCCUUCACGCGCUCGCUGGCCCAGCAGCUCAUGCCCAAGGGUAUCCGCGUCAACGCGGUGGCUCCCGGUCCCGUCCACACCCCGCUGCAGCCAGCCAGCCGGCCCGCCGAGCAGAUGGAGGGCUUUGGAUCGCAGAGUGGCCUGGGCAGGGUCGGACAGCCCAGCGAGAUCGCGCCAAGCUUUGUCUUUUUGGCCAGCAAGGAUGCCACUCUGUACCACGGACAAAUUCUGCACGCAUACCCUCUGGGAGACUAA